UAACAUAACCUCCAAACUCCAACAGGAUAGAUUUGUUGAAGAGGAAGAUUCGCGUUGUGUUAACAGUGUUUAAAUAAAUGUUGUUAACAACAUGUUAACAACAAAGAUCUUUUUUAGAAAAACGAAGGGAGGGAAAAUCUUUAAGACCGUCAGGGAGCACUACCUCAGAGAUGAUAUUUACUGUGGCCUUAAAACGUGUACGAAGUGCAAGGCGAGGCCUCGGGACAUGGUGUUGGAGGAGGAAGAUGCUGGUGCAAAGUCUUCCUUAAUUCCCAGCCCAUAUUUUCUUGUACUUGACACAAAUAUAAUUCUGGAUCAAAUUGACAUCUUGGAGGAAGACGUUAUCACCAAUGUAAUCAUUCUGCAAACAGUACUGGAAGAAAUUCGGCACAAAAGUUCCACUGUAUACAAAAAAUUGAAGGCCAUCAUAGGAAAUCCAACGAGGAAAUUUUUUGUGUUUAUCAAUGAACAUCAUCGGGAAACUUAUAUUGAGAGAGAACCAGGUGAAAAGAUAAAUGACCGUAAUGACAGAGCGAUACGAGUUGCAGUUAAAUGGUACGAUACCCAUUUGAACUCUGAUGGCGACAAUGUAAAAGUUAUUUUGCUAACAGAUGAUGUAGAAAAUAGAACACGUGCCGCUGAAGAGGGACUGUUUGUUGUGUCGAUGGAAGAUUAUGUUGCAUCGUUGGAAAAUUCAAGUUUUCUGCUGGAUAAAUUAUGCAAACGUUCUUAUACUUUGGAUAUCCAAGGCCCGGAAUUGUUUCCUUGUCAUCUAGCACCCACAGAAAUGCACGACGGUAUAACAUCCGGGAAACUGUUACAAGGAACAUUUUUGGCAUCGAGAGAGAAUUUCCUCGAAGGAAAUGUGAAUGUUGAAGGAAGAGAGAAACCUAUAUUUGUGCAAGGACGAUCUCAUCUAAAUAGAGCAGUUGAUGGCGAUAUAGUCGCAGUUGAAAUUCUGCCAGAAGAUCAGUGGUCAUCACCCAGUGAAAUUGUUUUGCAAGAUGAACAAGGUGCGGAUGCUGAUGACGUUGCGGAAGAUGAGAAAAUACUGCGUAAACAGAGCUCAUCAAAAAUGCAAGAGAAAAUACCGACGGGCAAAAUUGUUGGUAUUAUCAGGAGAAAAUGGAGACAGUAUUGUGGAAUAUUGCAACCGAGUGCAAUUAAAGAGAAUGUAAGGCAUCUGUUUGUUCCGGCCGAGAGAAAAAUUCCGAAAAUAAGAAUUGAAACUAGACAAGCCGAGAUACUGAGCAAGCAGAGAAUUAUUGUCGCACUGGAUUCAUGGCCACGAAACUCAAGAUAUCCGCUGGGCCACUUUGUACGAGCACUUGGUAAUAUAGGAGACAAAGAGACAGAGAAUGAAGUAUUACUCUUGGAACAUGAUGUUCCACACAGCCGUUUUUCUGAUGCUGUUCUUAGCUUCCUUCCAAAACUACCAUGGAUUAUUACGGAAGCGGAUGUUGCGCAAAGAGAAGAUCUCCGACAUCUAGACAUCUGUUCCGUGGACCCACCAGGCUGUACUGAUAUUGACGAUGCGUUACAUUGCAGAAGUUUACCAAACGGUAAUUUCGAUGUCGGUGUGCAUAUUGCAGAUGUAUCCCAUUUUAUAAGGCCUGGGACUGCACUGGACAAAGAAGCAGCAUUACGCGCUACCACCGUAUAUCUUGUUGAUAAACGAAUCGACAUGGUUCCAGAAUUGCUUAGCUCAAAUCUUUGUUCCUUACGAGGUGAGGAAGAACGAUUUGCGUUUUCCUGUAUAUGGGAAAUCGACCGCGACGCAAACAUAAUCGAUACGAGAUUCUGCAAAUCUAUAAUUUGCUCGCGUCAAGCAAUGACGUAUGAGGAAGCUCAAUUGAAAAUUGACGAUGCCACUCAGCGGGAUGCUAUCGCGGUGUCGUUGAGAGGAUUAAAUCAAUUGGCAAAGAAAUUAAAGAAGAAACGUUUAGAGAAUGGUGCUCUAACUUUAGCGUCACCGGAAAUACGCUUUCAAGUGGAUAGCGAAACGCACGAUCCCAUUGACGUGGAGGCAAAGAAGUUGAGAGAGACUAAUUCUAUGGUGGAGGAAUUUAUGCUGCUCGCGAACAUUAGCGUUGCUGAAAAAAUAUUGGCAGAAUUUCCGGAGUGCGCUAUGUUAAGAAGACACCCGGAACCACCACAAAGUAAUUUUGAGCCGUUGAUUAAAGCUGCCAAAAAUCAGGGUUUUACUAUUAAUACAAAUACUGGUAAGGAAUUAGCCCGAUCACUGGAAGAAACUAAAAAGGAAUCGAAUCCUUACUUCAACACAAUGUUAAAAAUAUUAGCUACGCGAUGUAUGUUGCAAGCGGUAUAUUUUAUUAGCGGAAUGCACCAACCAGAAGAAUUCAAGCAUUACGGAUUAGCGUGCCCGAUUUACACACAUUUCACAUCUCCUAUUCGACGAUACGCAGAUAUAAUUGUGCACCGACUGUUAGCUGUAUGUAUAGGUGCCGACGCGACUUAUCCAGAGCUAUUGGAUAAAAAGAAGAAUCACUUAUUGUGCCAUAAUCUAAAUUAUCGGAAUCGAAUGGCGCAAUAUGCCGGCCGAGCGUCAGUCGCACUGCACACACACAUAUUUUUCCGCAACAAGGUUCAAGAUGAGGAAGGAUACAUUCUUUUUGUACGAAAAAAUGCUUUGCAAGUGCUUAUACCGAAAUAUGGUUUGGAAGGCACCGUAUAUCUCAAGUCUGCUUCGUCGUCCGUCACGUUCACGUACAAUUCGGAGGAUCAAUCCCAAACCUGCGGCGAGGUCGUAUUUCGGGCAUUUGAUCCUAUUGUUGUACAAAUGAGUUUGGACAGAUCUAAUGUUCAGCAUGAAAGAUUAUUCUUUAAACUCGUAAAACCAGAGAUCCCAGAUUUCAGCGUUCCCCCAUUGAAUAUCGAUACUAGCGCAACUGAAGAAAAUUCCACUGUGAAAGAAACGUUGAAACGGAAGCCAGAAAUUCAGCAAGAGUCGACCAUCGUUCGGAAGAAGAAAGCCGGAAAGAAAAAGAAAAACAGGAAUUGAGACUAUAAUUUUUAAAUAUAACGAAUCACGUAAUAAUAAUAUACGCAUUGGUUUUUAUAAAAAAAAUUUGUAUUUUUUGGCUACUUUUUAACAUUAUUCACAACUUACAAAGUCUUUAUAACAAGACAGAAAAUUGUCAAUAAAUCUUCUUAGACAAUAUUCCCACAGGAAACUUACGUACACAGUUACACAUACAUAAAUGUCUGAUAAUUUCUCUCAUUGAAAAUUACUAAAUUCAUAUAUUCUCUUUCUCAUUGCAAACUUAAAAUUUUCCGUUGCACUUUGCGGUAAACUUGACAAGCGACAUAUUUAAUCUCAUGAGAUAAACGACAUUGAAUACUAAAGUGAAUUGAUGAUAAACAUAACUGAAAAAUAAAAAAUCUUCACUGGGUUUAAUCGAUAUGAAUGAGAAACGAAUGUACCUUUGGUGAUAAAAGCGUUAAAAAUAAUCAAAAUGAAAUUAAGGUACAAUAAAUCAAUAAGUAUAGUAAUAUGAAUUUAGUUAUAUGCAACAUAAGGCCUGUCCGUUUUCGCUGCACUUCUGAACUAGUGCAACAAGUCAAAAUGAAACAAAUAUAUUUUCUUUUAUUCUAACUCAUUGCCCUCGUUCAGAAGUGCAGCGAAAACGAACAGGCCUAUACUGAAAGAUGAUGCAUUUCUUAUAAAUACUGUAAAAACUUAUCAUGGAUAGCAUGACCAAAUCUUAGAUCAUAUGUAUAAAAUCAAUUUAACGAAGACAGUCUCAUGUUUGCGGAAAAUUGUCACUAUACAGUAUCAAAUAAAAAAAGAAAUUAAUUUUAAA